GUUCAAGGUUUUAUUUAACAAGCAAAACGCGAGAGGUCUGGGUUACUUAACAAACUCCUCAUUCUUUACCUCACCUGUAUAAGGGCCUGUAAGUCAUCAUGGGAAAUUUUAAAGGUCACGCUCUACCUGGCAGUUUCUUUCUGAUGGGUGGGUUGUGGUGGGCAGUAAAGCACUCGCUGUGGUACGUUACCCGCAGAAACAGGAAUGCCGGGGCAGGACGGCUCGCGACACGAGCCACUCAGCAUCGUCUAGAAAUCAUCGAGGGGGCUGUGAUUCUUUCUUUCUCUGUUAUUGGUAUACUAGCCGAGCAGUUUGCAGUGAAUGGACCAAAGUUUCACUUGUAUGACUCUUCCACUCAGCACUGGGAAAAACUGAUGAACUGGCAGCACACAGCCAUGUACUUGUUCUUCGCUCUGGCUGGGGCUACGUCCCUUAUUGUCCACUGUACAGAUGCAGCACCUCUGGCAUUAGAUCGCUUACUUCUGGGCCUUGCUUUUUUUAACGAAGGAUUCCUAUUCCUUUAUCAUCUGCAUGGCAGAGACAUGCUGGAUGUCCACGUGCACAUGCUGUUGCUGUACGCAGUGUUCGGAGGAGCCGCCGUCUGCCUCCUGGAGGUCUUCCACAGGGGAAACGUCCUGCUGGAGCUGCUACGUGCUGCUCUUUGUUUGCUGCAGGGCAGCUGGUUUUGGCAGAUUGCCUUUGUGCUGUACCCUCCCAGUGAGGUGAAGUGGGAUUUGUCUGACCACAACAACAUGAUGUUCAUUACCAUGUGUUACAGCUGGCACCUAGCAUUUGCCCUCAUCACUGUGGCUGUAGUGCUCACCACUGUUACAUGUAUUUUACGUUCCAAACUCAAGAGAAUGCAACCUAUGGAGAUGCGUCUUCUAAAACCAUGUGAAAGAGAAGGAGAUUCUGAAGACGAGGCUCUAUAAGUCUCUGUUCCUGAUGUACAGUCAGCUGUUUUCAUGAAGACAAGCUUUAAAGCUGACUCUGAACACCAGUAUGAGACUCCCUGGACACGUGCGAUUCCACUGUACUUGGUGGCUGAGACCGAGUAUAUUGCCUCAUCUGUACUUUUAACUUUUCAGUGGUCAGUGGCACAACACGCAGUUCUGUUGUUCAGAACUGAAGAACUGAAACGUUUUAUGGUGUGCAUUUCAUAGCUUUCUAUGACCUGGUUUAUUAUCGUAUACUGUACGUACUGUCGGUUUAAACACCAGCGUCUUCUAAUCUUCUCUUUCUUAUUAUUGUUAUUUUAUUGAUAAUUUAUGGACAAAUCUCU